CACCGAGCCCUGCUUCUCCUUUCCCGCCGCGGCCGCAACAGGAGGGAUUGGCGGGGUGCCCCGGGCCCCUCCGGCCUCGCCCGCCAGAACCCCGGGCCGGCCGGGCAGCCGUGCGCUGGAGGAGGGAUGCCCUGGACAGUCCUACUGCUGGUAGUCGGCUCCGGGGCCAUCCCCGCGCCGUCCAUCCUGCUGGUGGCCCCCCACCCGAGCAGCCAGGAAGACCCCAUCCACAUCGCGUGCGUGGCCCCCUGGGGCUUCUCGGGGGCCAACUUCACCCUGUACCAAGGCGGGCAGGUGGUGCAGGUCCUGCAGGCCCCGGCCGGCCAGCUCGGCGUCACCUUCAACCUGAGCGGCGGCGCCGGAGGAGCCACCUUCCACUGCCAGUACGGGGUGCUGGGCGAGCACGGCCGGCCGCAGCUGUCGGACCUCAGCGCGCCGGUGCGCCUCACCUUCCCAGUGCCCACGUGGAUCCUGGCACUGUCCCUGAGCCUGGCUGGAGUCGUCCUGCUCCUUGCUGGGCUGCUGGUCAUCACGCUGGUCGUAAAGAAAGUGAAAAUGCACAAGUUACAGAGGAAGAGAGAGCGCGAUUCCUGCUGGGCCCAGAUCAGCUUCAGGUCCUCAGACAUGGCCUUCGAUAACUCCCUGUUCUCCAUCUCCAUGAAAGCGAGCUCGGACGACGACCCCGGAGCCCUGGACGGACCCCGCAAGCGGCCCACCUCCACGUCUUCCUCGCCGGAGCCCCCUGAGUUCAGCACGUUCCGGGGCUGCCCCUGAGCCGCGGC